GCGGUGCCGGGCCUUCAAGCCUCCGACGCCUAGAGUACUUCUCGGCGUGCAAAGACCCUUACCUACCCUGUUCCUUGAGUGGCAUGCAGCUACCCUGGAGGUGGUGAAACUCCGGUGCGGCCACCCUCGCGCCGCGCCCAUGCUGGCCGCCAUGCCCCGCCUCAGAGAGCUGCAGUGUCCCGUGCUGAAGGACAUGCCGGCCCUCCUGGCGUGCAGGGAGUUGCGGUCGCUGUACCUCUCAGUCUCCAAGGACGCAUCGCUGCAGCUCAUCUUCCCCAGUGUGGCGGAGUACCUCCGUUCGGCCGUCGCCACCAUCGAAGACUUGGUCCUCGACUACUUCGAGGACGAAGGCCGCGCCCAGGCGGUGGACCUGGUGCUGAGCCUGGCCGGCCAGCGACGCACAACGCCAGCGCUCAAGAGCCUGCGGUUUGUGUUCAGAAACCACUCAAAGGAGCUCGACUACAUGGAGCCGCAACCGCAGCUGCGCCCUCUAGCCGCCGUGGUGCACCGCCUCAAGCACCUCGUGAGUCUCGACAUCGGCAAGCCGUCGGGCGAACUCCUGGACGCGCUGGAUGGAGAGUUUGUCCCCAAUUUGGAGCGCCUGAACGUAAGCUACAAUUUUGACUGCCCUCACGAGUGGAUCCACGGAAAGAAAGUUAAAGAGCUGAUGCAGCGGUGCCCGCGCCUGCACGUCUUGGCAGACGCACCUAGGAGGUGCUACAGCGCCUGCAACUGCGAAGUCUGCCUGUGCGAUUUUUGCACGGAGAACACGUGCCACGCCGAUCUCGCAGAGGAAGGCGACUUCAUGCUGUUCAGCCAUCCCUCCGAGGCAAGCUGCGGCGUGGAGCACGACGACUCAGAAGUACUCAUCAGUUGAAGCGUUUGCGUUUGCCUUCUAUCAUCAGCCACGUUUAUAAGUUUUGCCUUUCGCAAGUCUUCCCGACGCGCUAUGAGCUUCUGCCGCCAUGAUCAUGUCUGCCUGAUCGUACGGAAGUGCUCAGUUCAAGACCCACUUGUUGUCAUCGGAACAUUGGAAGUUCAGCCCGAUUUUGUUUUGGCGAGUGAAGUACUUCCUCUCUUGCGAUGGAAUGCAGCAACAGAAGUUCAGUGCUUUGACAAUGUUUCCAAAUUUGACAGAUGCGUGGCAGUUACAUCCACCAAACCAAUUGUAAAUGAUUCUGACCAAUUUUUCACUUAGAUCCUUACUUUUUUAUUGUGAUGAGUUGACGAGUUUCUUGAAAAGUUUAUGUUUCUAUUUAAAAAGUUGUGAGAUUUGA